AUGACCGUGUUCUCCUUCUGUCGCCUCCAUGAGGGUAAAAAAAAAACAGGUUUCAUCUUCUGUGUCUGACACUGAUCCUGUUGAACCCUGAACAGGUCUGAAGAGGAAAGAGGAGAAACCACCUGAGGCGGACUCACCUGAGAAGCAGACAGGUGAGGACAGAGGGAGUCUGAGCUCUUUUGUUUCUGUUACCUGAGAAAUCCGCCGUUAUUCCCACCUGAGAGCUCAGACCUGAGGGCGUGUCAGACCUGAGGGCUCAGACCUGAGGGCGUGUCAGACCGGAGGGCGUGUCAGACCGGAGGGCGUGUCAGACCUGAGGGCGUGUCAGACCUGAGGGCGUGUCAGACCUGAGGGCGUGUCAGCCUCACCUGACCUCCACCAACACCCAGAAACUGAAGAUGUACCAGCUCCACCCUCCACCACAGUGUCACUAACUUAUCAAACAGGUUCUGAUAGAGGAAGAACCAAACAGGUCCAAAGUUUCUUCUUCUUCUUCUCCUGAAGUUCAGCUGGUUGAAGGUCCAGCUCUGCUCUGAGCUCUUCUCUCUUGUUCUGACGCGGAGGUUCAUAAAAACUAGAUUUAGAAAAAACACAGAAAAUUUCUUUAAACUCUAAAUCGUUUCUUUUUUAAGGUACCAAAGACACUAGUGAACUAUUGACUAAAGGAACCAAUCAGCAAGCUCCAGAGCCACAGGAGGCGGAGCCAACAGCAGCAGCCACGGUGGAACCCCUGGAAGAGGAUCCUGCAGAAGGUGUGAGAGCUGCUAACAUGUUUGUAGUCCUGAAACCGGUCCAGAUGAAGGUUCUUUAAACUCUUAGAGUCUGUUAGAAUAAACCGAAGAUAAACUACGAUCUAGAUCAUCUUCACUCUGAAAUCAGAAUCUAUGUGAACUCCGACCUGUCUGUGAGUCUCAGGUUCAGAGAGCAGAUCCUCACCUGAUGACCCAGGUAUGAUGUUCGUUAGACUCUCAGUCCGUUUCCAUGACACUGGAGAAAACUGAAUUAUCGCCUUAUUCCGAUUAAGACCGGACAGCUGAAGGUCAUGUGACCACCUUAGUCCGACUAUAAUCGGAGUCGGAGAACUCCGAACUCUGAGGGACGAAGUUUAAAGACAUUUAAGGGUUAAAAUGAUCGGAAAUAAAACUGAUUUUUAUGGUUUUCAGAUGAUUUCAAACCAAUGUUGUCCAACAGGUUAGUCACAUGACUCUGGAGUGGGAAUCAACUGGACUUAGUUGAGGCGAAACGUCUCGACUAAGUCCAGUUGUCCUUUCAACGAAGAAUUAGAAAUCACUCAGUCCAUUUCCACGACACUGGAGAAAACCGAAUUAUCGCCUUAUUCCGAUUAAGACCGGACAGCUGAAGGUCAUGUGACCACCUUAGAACGACUAUAAUCAGAGUUUAAGAACUCUGAUGUCAUCAAGGUAACUCUGUCUGUGUCUGAAACAGGAUCCAAGACCCUCCAUGUGGACUCGGAGAUCCAAGGUCAGUCCUGCUCCUCACUGUGUGUGUGUGUGUGUGUGUGUGUGUGUGUGUGUGUGUGUGUGUGUGUGUGUGUGUGUGUGUGUGUGUGUGUGUGUGUGUGCGUGUGCUCUAACGUGUGUGUGUGUGUGUGCGCGCGCUCUAACGGGUGUGUGUGUGUGUGUGCGCGCUCUAACGGGUGUGUGUGUGUGUGCGCGCUCUAACGGGUGUGUGUGUGUGUGUGCUCUCUAACGGGUGUGUUCUGCUGGUUUCAGAGGCCGUCCCCCUCCCCCCUCUGUCAGAGGACUUUGUUCCAGGUCAGUUGGACUCUCCUGAUCCUCUUUGCGGUUCUGUCUGUGUUUUUCUGACUAUAUUUGGACCUCAGAACCGCAGCUCCUCCCCCAUCAGGGCGGGCUCAGGCUGGUUCAGGGGCGGGGCUGUAACACAAUAAAAAGGACCGCCGACCUCUGACCCUCUAAAGCCUGAUGGUCAAAAAUGAUGUGACAGGAAAAAAAAACACUCUGAGGGCCUGUAGGGGGCGCUGUUCCACAGGACCACACUCUGAGGGCCUGUAGGGGGCGCUGUUCCACAGGACCACACUCUGAGGGCCUGUAGGGGGCGCUGUUCCUGUUUAAAUGUUGUCAAGGAGACGCGGUUGAAGACCUGUUUUUUAUUGGACGGUGUUUUUGAAUGUCUAAUGACACUAGGGGGCGCUCCUAAAGAAAUUCAAAGCUUUAAAAAACCUUUUCUCUAAGACUGCAGAUCCAUAAAUCCAGAAGGUUCUGGAACUCUGUGUGAAUGAUGAUCGAUCAUGGUUCUUUGUUUGUUUGUUUGUUUGUUUGUUAAAAAAAUGAAGCUCUAAUAAAAAGGACGGACAGCAGGUUAAAGUGGGCGGUCCUAAACUGAUGCUGACUCUCCUCUUCCUGUUUCAGACGACCCCCGGGUCAGCGCUCAGACCGACGGUGGGUGAAGCUCUUCAGCUCUUCUCUCCGUGUUUCUGUUUCUCAUCAAGUUUGAUCUGAUUUCUCGUCUGAUUUCAGGAGAUCGAGUCGAGACCAUCGACACCACAGGAGGUCAGAGGUCAACCUGUUGGAUUAGGACUUUCCUGAGUCUCCUCAGGACUCAUGAAGUUCUCCGGGUCCAAACCCAAGACCUGGUUUUCUACACUGAGUUCAGGAUUCUGACAUUUGAGGUUCUAACUCUCACUGUCCUUUAUUUCUGCUCUAGUUCUGGUGGAGGAGCGCCCCCCAGAGGAGACUGUAGGUGGGUCCGAGAUAGAGAAGACAAACCUGGUCCACUUUGAUGUGGUUCUGGUCUUUUUGGUUCUGGAUUUAGUUCUUCGUGUUUCUGUGUGAGAUAAUGACCUCAUAUUCUUCUCCUUCUUCUUCUUCUUCCUCUUCUUCUUCUUCUCCUUCUCCUUCUUCUUCUUCUUCUUCUUCUUCUUCUUCUGUGGUGGUCCUGCAGAGACGUCCACUCAGUACCUGACCAGCUCCAGGUUCUCACAGGCUGCAGGUAAAGAGAGAGAACAGCUGAUUUCUAGAAGGUCCAGAUCAGGUUUUCAGAUCCAGUUACCGUCUUGGACUUUGUUCUGAUUCUGACUUUUAUCAGAGACGGUGGAGGAACCAGGAGACCAGAGAACCGAACCAGAACCUCAGGAGACACAGGACCAGAGAACCGAACCAGAACCUCAGGAGACACAGGACCAGAGAACCGAACCAGAACCUCAGGAGACACAGGACCAGAGAACCGAACCAGAACCUCAGGAGACACAGGACCAGAGAACCGAACCAGAACCUCAGAAGACACAGGACCAGAGCGAGGGACCAGCAGAGACCGAGAGUGAGCAUAGACACACACGCACACACACACACACACACACACACACACACAGGUCCUCCUGAAACAGUGUCUCCUCUGAUCUUCUACAGCAGCAGCUCCAGAGACUGAAGACAAGUCCAAAGACCAAGACCAGGACCAAGGUACUGAGACCCUCAGCUUGACCCUCCUGGUCUGGACCCUCCUGGUCUGGACUCUCCUGGUCUGACUCUGAUGAUGGUUUUUGUUUCUCUGCAGAAAUGAAGAAGAAGAAGAAGAAGAAGAAACCCAAACUGUUCAACAAGUUCGACAAAACCAUCAAAGAAGAAAUCGACGCAGCCGAGAAACUUCGGAAAAAGGUAAAAAAGACGAAAAAGAGAAACUUCGGAAAAAGGUAAAAAAGACGAAAGAGAGACGAGACUGACAAUGGUUUACUCCACAUCUUUGUGUGUGUGUGUGUGUGUACUUGUGUGUGUGUUUUAGGGUAGACUGCAGGACGCUCUGACGGCGUUCGAGUCGUUGGUCCAACAGUUUCCUCAGAGUCCUCGAGCUCGCUACGGAAAAGCACAGGUACCAAACAGUACUACUACAGUAAUGUACUAUAGUACUACUACAGUAAUACUACAGUACUACUACACUAUUAUACUACAGUAAUGUACUACAGUACUACUACACUAUUAUACUACAGUACUACUACACUAUUAUACUACAGUAAUGUACUAUAGUACUACUACACUAUUAUACUAUAGUACUACUACACUAUUAUACUACAGUUAUACUACAGUACUACUACACUAUUAUAUUACAGUAAUGUACUAUAGUACUACUACACUAUUAUACUAUAGUACUACUACACUAUUAUAUUACAGUAAUGUACUAUAGUACUACUACACUAUUAUACUAUAGUACUACUACACUAUUAUAUUACAGUAAUGUACUAUAGUACUACUACACUAUUAUACUAUAGUACUACUACACUAUCAUACUACAGUAAUGUACUACAGUACUACUACACUAUUAUACUACAGUCAUACUACAGUAUUUCUACACUGUUAUACUACAGUAAUGUACUACAGUCUACUACAGUAAUGUACUACAGUACUACUACACUAUUAUACUACAGUUAUACUACAGUACUACUACACUAUUAUACUACAGUCAUACUACAGUAUUACUACACUGUUAUACUACAGUAAUGUACUACAGUCUACUACAGUAAUGUACUACAGUACUACUACACUAUUAUACUACAGUUAUACUACAGUACUACUACACUAUUAUACUACAGUAAUGUACUACAGUACUACUACACUAUUAUACUACAGUACUACUACACUAUUAUACUACAGUACUACUACACUAUUAUACUACAGUACUACUACACUAUUAUACUACAGUACUACUACACUAUUAUAUUACAGUAAUGUACUAUAGUACUACUACACUAUUAUACUAUAGUACUACUACACUAUCAUACUACAGUAAUGUACUACAGUACUACUACACUAUUAUACUACAGUCAUAUUACAGUAUUACUACACUGUUAUACUACAGUAAUGUACUACAGUCUACUACAGUAAUGUACUACAGUACUACUACACUAUUAUACUACAGUUAUACUACAGUACUACUACACUAUUAUACUACAGUAAUGUACUACAGUACUACUACACUAUUAUACUACAGUACUACUACACUAUUAUACUACAGUACUACUACACUAUUAUACUACAGUACUACUACACUAUUAUACUACAGUAAUGUACUACAGUACUACUACACUAUUAUACUACAGUAAUGUACUAUAGUACUACUACACUAUUAUACUACAGUAAUGUACUACAGUACUACUACAGUAUUAUAUUACAGUAUUACUACGGUGUUAUACUACAGUAUUAUACUACAGUAUUACUACAGUAUUACUACAGUAUUACUACAGUAUUACUACAGUAUUAUAGUACCGUUAUACUACAGUGAUACUACAGUAUUGUACUACAGUACUACUACACUAUUAUACUACAGUACUACUACACUAUUAUACUACAGUACUACUACACUAUUAUACUACAGUACUACUACACUAUUAUACUACAGUAAUGUACUACAGUACUACUACACUAUUAUACUACAGUAAUGUACUACAGUACUACUACAGUAUUAUAUUACAGUAUUACUACGGUGUUAUACUACAGUAUUAUACUACAGUAUUACUACAGUAUUACUACAGUAUUACUACAGUAUUAUAGUACAGUUAUACUACAGUAUUACUACAGUAUUAUAGUACAGUAUUAUACUACAGUAUUAUAGUACAGUAUUACUACAGUACUGUUCGUCCUCAGACGGAGGACGACCUGGCGGAGAAGCUGCGCAGUAACGACGUCCUUCAGAAAGCCAUCAACACCUACAGAGACGCCGCAGAGCUUCCUGACGUGACCCCUGACCUCCUGAGAGCGGCGCUGAAGAGGCGGGCGGAGCGGCAGCAGUUCCUGGGUAACUCUGAUGGAGGACACGCUCAGGUAGACCCACUCAGAGUCCGGUCCAGUCUGAUGGUUGUGGUUCUGGUCCUCAGGUCGGAUGCGUGGUUCUCUGGUGACCCUGCAGAGGUUGACUCAGAUCUUCCCUGAUGACAUCAGUCUGAAGAACGACCUCGGCGUCGCUCACCUACUGCUGGGAGACAACAAGGGCGCCAAGGCCGUCUACGAGGAGGUCAGUGUGUGUGUGUGUGUGUGUGUGUGUGUGUGUGUGUGUGUGUGUGUGCACGUGGACCAAACACACACUCCUCAUGAUUGACAGGUUCUGUCCUGAGCUCUGAUUGGCUGUUCUUCACCUGCAGGUUCUCGAGGUCGCACCAGACGACGGAUUCGCCAAAGUUCACUACGGGUUCAUCCUGAAGUCGGAGAACAAGAUCGCAGAGAGUAUCCCGUACCUGAGGGUACACACACACACACACACCUGUACACACACACACACACCUGUACACACACACACCUGUACACACACACACACACCUGUACACACACACACCUGUACACACACACACACACACACACACACACACCUGUACACACACACACCUGUACACACACACACACACACACACACACACACCUGUACACACACACACACACCCACACACACACACCUGUACACACACACACACACACACACACACACACACACACCUGUACACACACACACACACCCACACACACACACCUGUACACACACACACACACACACAUACACACACACACACACCUGUACUGUCCUCUUUGAGCUGACCUCUGACCCCGUGGUCUGUGUCCUCAGGAGGGUCUGGAGUCCGGUGACCCGGGGACAGACGACGGCAGGUUUUAUUUCCACCUUGGAGACGCUCUGCAGAGAGUCGGGGACAGCAGCGUGAGUAUUGAUUAUUGAUCUUCAUGAAGAGAGUCGAUCAGAAAAACAAACAGAUGUCUCUCCUCUGAACGUGUCAGUGAUGGAAGAUCAGUUCUUUUGACUGAAUCUUUAGAAUCAUUAAAAAGAUUCGUUCAAAAGAUUCGCUCACUGAAUCAGUCAGUGUUUCGGAGCCCCGCCCUGUCGCUGCAGUACACCAGUGAGUGACACAGCGGCGAGUUCGUUCAUUAGCCCCUCCCCUCCUCUGCUGCUGAAGUCACAGCGUCGUUCUCUGGGUGACUCGUGUCGUUCAUUCACCAAGUCCUGAAGGAAGAAUCACUCCCCCGCCCUGAAAAACUCACCUCUCUGUGUGUCGCCGUCUGUCGGCGGAAACAACACAGCAGCGAGCAGCACGCCGCUCUGAGAUCUUUAGUCAAAUCAAGAUCAUGAAUCAGGUCCACCACCACCGUCACAGAACACAAAACUAUCAAUCAAACCAACUUUUACAUCCAUGUGACAAAAGAAAACAAGUUUAGAAGAGUUUAAUUUAUUAGGAUCUUAAUGAGGGUCUCCUCUGGACCUCACAAACUCAAUCAGUGCCGAUCGACCACUGAUCAAUAAAACCACAACCAUGACGUGAUCGUUUACUGACGACGAGCCUGUUAAAAUGGUCGAAAAACAAAGAGGUCGAAAUUAUUUUAACAUUAAAACGUGUGUGUGUGUGUGUGUGCAGGCCUAUCACUGGUAUGAAGUGGGUCAUCAGCGAGGACACUUCGCCUCAGUCUGGCAGAGGUCUCUGUAUAACGUGGACGGACUGAAGGCUCAGCCGUGGUGGACGCCCAAAGAGACGGGAUACACCGACCUGGUCAAGGUGAGAGCAGAGAGUGUGUGUGUGUGUGUGUGUGUGUGUGUGUGUGUGUGUGUGUGUGUGAGUGUGUGUGUGUGUGUGUGUGUGUGUGAGAGAGUGUGUGUGAGAGUGUGUGUGUGUGUGUGUGUGUGAGAGUGUGUGUGUCUCCACCAGUUCACCUUCACUGGUUUCUAAGAGGACCUGUGGACGUUUUCAGACUCUGGAGAGGAACUGGAGGACGAUCAGAGACGAGGCUCUGGCUGUGAUGGACACAUCAACGGGACUGUUCCUACCUGAGGAGGAGAACCUGAGGGAGAAGGGAGAGUGGGGACAAUACACACUGUGGCAGCAAGGUACACAACACACACAUACACACACCUGAGGAGGAGGAGGAGGAGGAGGAGGAGCAGUGAGCCGCUCCUCUGUGUGACCAACAGUUUAACUCUGAGACCUUUUAAAGACGGACCUGAUUCAGACCCGGAUCUGUCCUCAAAACUGGAGAACCCAGUCACCAAGGUGGUGCUGUUGUUGUUGUUGUCGUUGUUGUUGUUGUUGGUUCUGGUUCUGACGGGUCAGCAGGAUUUCUCUGAACCUCCUUGUUUAUUUUGUGUUCAGGUAAAAAAUCUGGAUCAGCCUGUCAGGGCGUCUCUAAGACCUGCGCUCUUCUGGAGAGAUUCACUGAAGCGACAGGCUGUAAGAGAGGACAGGUACACACACACACACACACACACACACACACACACACAGGUACACACACACAGGCUGUAAGAGAGGACAGGUACACACACACACACACAGAUACACAGGUACACGAACAGAAACACACACACAGGUACACACACACAGUAAGAGAGGACAGGUACACACACACACACACACACAUACACACAUACACACACACAGUAAGAGAGGACAGGUACACACACACACACACACACACACACACACAGGUACACACAUACACACACACAGGUACACACACACAGUAAGAGAGGACAGGUACACACACACACACACACACACACACACACACACACACACAGUAAGAGAGGACAGGUACACACACACACACACACACACACACACACACACACACACACACACAGGUACACACACACACAGUAAGAGAGGACAGGUACUCACACACACACACACACACACAGAUACACACACACAGAUACAGGUACACACACACAAACACACAGAAACACACACAGGUACACACACACAAAACACACAGAAACACACACACACACACACACACACACACACACACACACACACACACAGUAAGAGAGGACAGGUACACACACACACACACACACACACACAGGUACACACACACACAGUAAGAGAGGACAGGUACACACACACACACACACACACACACACACACACAGGUACACACACAGGUACCUGCUCGGUUUGACCGUCCAUCUAUGUCUGUGUGUCUCUGUCUGUGUGUCUGUGUCUCUCUGUCUCCCCCCCCCCCCCCCUCCCUCUCUCCCCCCUCUCUCCCUCUCUCCCCCCCUCCCCCCCUCUCCAGAUCAAGUUCUCGGUCAUGCAGCCUGGGACUCAUGUCUGGCCUCACACCGGUCCCACUAACUGCAGACUCAGGAUCCACCUCGGACUCGUCAUCCCCAAAACCGGCUGUAGGAUCCGCUGCACCAACCAGACCAGGUACACCUACACCCUCAUCCUCCUCCUGCCUCCUCCUUCCUCCUCCUCUUGUCUCCUCUCCUUACCUCCUCCUGUUUGUCCCCUCUUGUCUCCUCUCCUAGUUUCCUUUCCUACUCUCUUUGUGUCUGCUUUUAUCUUAGUUUUCCUUUUUUGUUUCCUUUCCUUAAAUAGUCUCCUUGUCUUCUUUCCUUCCUUUUUUUUCAUCAGGGUUCUUGUUUUCCUCACCUCCUUGUUUCCUCUCCUCCCUUGUUUCCUCCUCACCUGUCCUCUGCAUCCUAGUCUUAUCUCCUUGUUUCCUUUACUUAACUCCUUUCUGUUUUUCUCUCCUUCUUGUUUUCUUCUUAAAUUUGACUCAUCUCCCCGAUCAUCUCUGAUCACCUGGUGGUCUCCGGUUCCUCCUGGUCCCUCCUGGUUCCUCCUGGUUCCUCCUGGUCCCUCCUGGUCCCUCCUGGUCCUGGUCUCAGGGAGUGGGAGGAGGGUAAAGUCCUGAUCUUCGACGACUCCUUUGAACACGAGGUCUGGCAGGAAGCCGACAGUUUCCGCCUCAUCUUCAUCGUAGACGUUUGGCACCCAGAGCUCACGGCGUACCAGCGCCAGACUCUGAGUCCGAUCUAG